AUGAAAGAUAAAAAUAAAACUUCUUCAGCUAAGGAAGAAACAUCAAACAAUAAAUGUACAUUAUCUGCAGAUGAUUCGUUAUCUCGAAGUGAAUCUUGUUCAACUACAGGCCCAAAAUUAAAAUUACUCGUUAAAGCUGUAAAAAUAGAAAAUAUUGUUCAAAAAUUACUCAAUUGUUCCAAAAAUGGAGAUUGGACUUUAGUAGACCAACUAUUAAAACAUGUGGAAAAAUUUGUUCGAAAUUCAGAAAAAAAUGAUCCUCAUCCUCUUUCAGGUAUAUCAGAUCCGACCACCGGUAUGACACCAUUGAUGUAUGCUAUCAAAGAUGACCGUAUAUCCAUUGUUAAUCGACUAAUUGAUCUUGACGCAGAUUUGAAUGUUUAUAAUAAUGAUAAUUAUAAUGCACUCCAUAUAUCGGUAAUGAAUUCUCGAGAAGAAAUUGUCAAAAUAUUAUUGUCUAAUGGAGCUGAUGCUGCUGCACUUGGUGGUCCACAAAAACAAACUCCUGUUCAUCUUAUCACAAAAUUACCACAAAAUGGUUCAGGAAUAUCUAUACUUCGAUCUCUCUUAAAUACCUCUAAAUGUGAUAUUCGUUUAAUAACUGACAGAUUUGGAAGGAUUCCACUUUUUUUAGCAGUAGAAACCAACAACCAAUCUAUGUGUCGAGAAUUACUUAUGCAACAAGCUCUAAACCAACUUCAAGCAACCACACCUAUGGGAGACACUGCUUUACAUUUAGCUGUACGUCAACGCAAUACUGACAUCGCUAAAAUUCUGAUUGAUUAUGGAGCUCAAGUUGAUAUUCAAAAUAAUGAAGGUCAAACACCUUUACAUAUUGCAAGUGCAGAAGGAGAUGAAAUAUUGAUUAAACAUUUUUAUGAUAUGAAUGCAUCUGCAUCUAUACCAGAUCAUCAAGAUCGAACACCUAUGCAUUUAGCAGCAGAAAAUGGGCAUGCAUCUAUAAUUGAUUAUUUAGCAGAAAAGUUUCGUGCUAGUAUUUUUGAACGAACAAAAGAUGGAUCUACACUAAUGCAUAUUGCUGCACUUAAUGGACAUUCAGAAUGUGCUAAUAUGUUAUUUAAAAAGGGAGUCUUUUUACACAUGCCCAAUAAAAAAGGUGCACGCCCAAUUCAUAUUGCAGCACAACAUGGACAUGUGAAAAUUAUCAAAACACUUCUUCAACACGGAGAAAAAGUUGAUGUUACUACUAAUGACAAUUAUACAGCAUUACAUAUAGCUGUAGAGAAUGCUAAACCUGCUGUUGUAGAGACUCUUCUUGGUUAUGGAGCUGAAGUUCACGUUAGAGGAGGUAGAUUUUGUGAAACUCCUCUACAUAUUGCUGCUAGAAUUUCUGGUGGUGAUAGAUGUACUUUGAUGCUUCUUAAAUCUGGUGCUAGACCUAACUUGACCACAGAUAAUGGUCAAACUCCUGUUCAUUUAGCGGCAAGCCAUGGAAAUUUAACAACUUUAAAAUUACUUCUGGAAGAUGGUGGAGAUCCAAUGCAUAAAUCAAAGAAUGGAGAGACUCCACUUCAUUUGGCAUGCAGAGAUUGCAAGUCACUUAUAGUUUGUAAUUUAAUAGAUUUUGUAAAAGCAAGAAAAGGUAUUGAUAUGGCAACUUCUUACGUUAAUAGUGUAACUAAUGAAGGUGCAAGUGCUUUACACUAUGCUGCUCAAAUAAAACCAUCGGAAGUAUUAGAGCUCGGUGAAGAUCGAACUGUAGUACGAGCUCUAUUAAAUAAUGGUGCUGAUGUCUCUUUGAAAACGAAACAAAUGCAAGAGACCGUAUUCCAUUAUUGUGCAUUAGCUGGUAACAAUCAAGUUCUUCAGGAAAUGAUAAGUCAUAUGUCAGCAACAGAAAUUCAAAAAGCGCUUAAUCAACAAAAUAUUAUUGGCUGGACACCACUACUUAUAGCUUCUCAUUAUGGACAUAUGACAUUGAUUACGACACUUUUAGAAAAUCAUGCAAGAGUUGAUGUCUUUGAUCUUGAAGGAAGAUCAGCUUUACAUUUGGCUGCUGAGCUUGGUAAUCUUGAAGUCUGUGAUGCUUUAUUAGCCAGCAAAGCUUUUAUUAACUCAAAAUCCAGGGUGGGCCGUACUCCACUUCAUCUGGCCGCCAUAAAUGGAUGUACAUAUCUCGUUAAAUCACUUAUUCAAGAUCAUGGUGCUGUUAUUGAUGUUUUGACAUUGAAAAAACAAACUCCACUUCACUUAGCCGCUGAUACUGGUCAACUAGAAGUCUGUAAGCUUCUUAUAGAACUUGGUGCUAGUUGUGAUGCUACCGAUGAUUUAGGACAAAAACCUAUACAUGCUGCAGCUAUGAAUAAUUAUGCUGAAGUUGUUCAACUCUUCCUUCAAAAACAUCCUAAUCUUGUGACAGCUUAUACAAAAGAUGGAAAUACUUGUGCUCAUAUUGCAGCAAUGCAAGGAAGUGUUCGGGUUAUUGAAGAACUAAUGAAGUUUGAUAAAAAAGGAGUUAUAUCAGCGCGAAAUGAAUUAACUGAUUCAACUCCUCUUCAACUUGCUGCUAAGGGUGGUCAUGCAGAAGUUGUUAGAGCUUUAGUUCAAGCAGGAGCUUUAUGUACUGAAGAAAAUCGAACUGGUUUUACAGCUAUACAUUUAGCUGCGCAAUAUGGCCAUGGCCAAGUUUUAGAAGUCAUGAGAACAUCUCAAUCGUUGAAACUAUCAAGUAAAAAGCUUGGAGUAACUGCUCUACAUGUUGCUGCUUAUUUUGGUCAAACUGAUACUGUGAGAGAAUUAUUGAUUGAUAUUUCGGGGACUGUCAAAUCUGAUGCUCCAAUCGGCGGUUCAUUGGUAAGUGAAUUGGGCAAUGAAUCAGGAAUGACACCUUUACAUUUUGCUGCUUAUUCUGGAGAUGAAAAUGUUGUUCGAUUAUUGCUUAAUUCUGCUGGAGUACAGGUGGAAGCACAAACCACGGAAAAUGGUUUUAAUCCAUUACAUUUAGCAUGUUUGGGGGGUCACAUUGCAGUUGUUGGAAUUUUAUUAAGUAGAUCAGCAGAAUUGCUUCAUAAAGUUGAUCGUUAUGGUAAAACUGGAUUGCACAUAGCAGCAACUUAUGGUCAUUAUCAAAUGGUUGAAGUUUUGUUGGGUCAAGGAACAGAAAUUAAUGCUAUCGAUAAGAAUGGUUGGACAUCUUUACAUUGUGCUGCCCAAGCAGGUUAUUUAGAUGUAGUAAAAUUACUAGUAGAAAGUGGAGCUUCACCAAAAAAUGAAACAAAUUUCGGAAGUGCACCAAUUUGGUUUGCUGCUGCGGAGGGUCAUAAUGAAGUUCUUAAAUAUUUGAUGGAAAAAGAACAUGAUACUUACGCUCUUAUGGAAGAUAAAAAGUUUGUUUAUAACAUGAUGGUAUGUAGUAAGAGUCAUAAUAACAAGCCUAUUGAAGAAUUUGUUCUUUUAUCUCCGGCACCAGUGGAUGUUGCGGCAAAACUUUCAAAUAUUUUUAUAAAAUUAUCAGAAAAAGAAAAAGAACGUUCUAAAGAUUUAAUAGCAGCAGGAAAACAAUGUGAAGCUAUGGCUACAGAACUUUUAGCUUUAGCAGCAGGUGCAGAUUCUGCUGGCCGAAUUCUCACUUCAGUAGAUAAAAGGAAUAUCGAAUUUUUAGACAUUCUCAUAGAAAAUGAACAAAAAGAAGUUAUUGCCCACACGGUAGUCCAACGUUAUCUUCAAGAAUUGUGGCUCGGAAAGUUAAAUUGGAAUACAUUUCGUACAAUUCUAUUAUUUAUUAUUUUUCUUAUCUGUCCACCAGUGUGGAUUUGGUUUGCCUUACCACUGGGACAUAAAUACAGCAAUGUGCCUAUUAUAAAAUUUAUGUCAUAUCUAACUUCUCAUGUCUACUUAAUGAUAUUUCUUGCAUUAGCUGGUAUUAUGCCACCUUAUAAAUACAUGAGACCGAAUUUAAUGCCUUAUUGGUAUGAAUGGUGUUUAUUAGUGAUGUUAUCGGGACUUUUACUUCUUGAACUAACAAAUCCAAGUGAUAAAAGUGGCCUUGGUUGGAUAAAACUUGCAGUAUUAAUAUUUGGAAUUUUGGGUGUUGCAUUACAUAUGAUAGCUUGGAUAUUUAUGACCCAUAAUCGACCAACAUCACUUUAUCUUCGAAAUCAACUGUUUGCUCUUAGUUUUCUUUUAGCAUGCGUUCAAAUAUUAGAUUUUCUAUCAUUUCAUUACCUUUUUGGACCAUGGGCAAUAAUUAUCGGUAACUUAAUGAAAGAUUUGGCUAGAUUCCUUUCAGUUCUCGCUAUUUUUGUCUUUGGAUUUUCUAUGCUCUUUGUAGCACUUAAUCAAACAAUCGUCGAUGAACAUUUAUCUCAGCUAAUCAAUGUAAAUCAUACAUUUUCAGAAAUCACAAUAACACCAAUUCAUGCAUUUGAGGAUCUCUUUUUCGCGGUUUUUGGUCAUACGACAAGUGAUAAACUUAUUCAAACUCAAGCUGAACCACAUGAAUGGAUCAAGUAUCUUAUAAAACUAGCAUUUGGAGCUUAUUUAUUGGUGUCAGUAGUUGUUUUAAUAAAUUUACUCAUUGCCAUGAUGAGUGACACUUAUCAACGAAUUCAAGCUCAGUCAGAUAUUGAAUGGAAAUACGGUCUAAGUAAACUUAUUCGAAAUAUGCACAGAACCACAACUGCUCCUUCACCUUUGAAUCUUUUUUCAACGGGAAUAAUUGAUUGUUAUAAAUCUUGUAAACAACAUGUAGCGAAUAAACCAUUAUUGCUAGCUCACUUACUUAAAUCUAAACAUCCGCGACCACUAUCUCCUAGAUCAAAAAUGGCUGCUAAAUGGUUAACUAAAACAAGAAAGUAUCAAGUACAAUCAAAUGAAAAUACUCCAUUUGGGAAUUUUCAAACUUUUCCGGAAGAAACAGGGUUUAGUUCAUCAUGUAGAAUCGAGGAUAUCGUCAAUUGGGAUAUAAUCCGAAAGAAAUAUCGUAUAUUAACCCGUAAUGAACUAGAGAAAGAUGAUAAAAACAAAACUAAUAAUACAGAUGAUGAUAAUACAAAUGAUAUUGAUAAAUCAUGA